AUGCGAGUGCUGGCCGAGCAACUGGGCUUGCAGAUUGCAACGUGGGUGGUAGUAACCGGGGCGGCCGGAGGUUUAGGGAUCGAGUCCUGCGCGGCGCGAUUGAAGGUUGCGGAAUAUAGCUUAGGAUUGUGGGCCCUGUCUAGCGACGGCACGUACUUUGUCGUACAGGCCUCGGAAGGCCCUAGAGGUCAUUUGCUGCGCCCCGGCGCCGCCACUCCCGCAGCAUUGGGUGACAGACAGGCGAACAGCUUGCAGCGGGUACAGGCGUCCAAGCGUAGCUCCAGAGCGAAUCCGAUGACCCGUGGGUCGUGUGGCGGUGCCGCUGGCGGCGCCGCGACGGCGGCGGCGCCUUCGCGUCUCCCUCACGACUUGGCGGAUUUGGCCGCGCUAACUGGCGGCUCUCUAACGGACUUUGCUGUGCUGCCUCUUAUAUCGGGGGGGGACGUGGUGGGGGCCGUAACCUUGGGUUUGCAAAGAGCGCAAGUGCCGCCCCAGCGGCGGUCUGCCGGUCGUACGGAUCACAACCAAAUUAACCAUCAUCACAAUCAGCACAACUCAUCGUCGUCCUCGUCGGAGGGCGACGAGGAGGAGCAACAACAGAAGAAGCACAAAAAGAAAAAACAGCGCCGGCUUCGAGUUGUAUCGGGAUCGAACUCGGGAUCUGGAUCCGCCGAAGAAAACGAAAACAAUCAUCCGGUUGCCGUACCGGUUAUAGCAUCAGCACCACCACCAGCAGCAGGCGGCGCGCCGCGCCGCCAGCUCUCGAUUACUGCAGGCGCCGCCUGCGUCUAUCAGCUGAGUCAACUGGCUCACUUUUUGGGGUAUGGUUUCUUCUCCGACACCGAACAGUCAGCGUUCGUUGCACAGAGCUGCAGCCUCGUGAGCGGCGUGUCGUCGGCACCGGACGUUCAAAACCUGGUCAACUGCCUCAUCGGUACGACAAAAGGCCUUGUAUACCAACGAUUUCGAUUACAGGCGCAAUGUCUAGUGGCGCUCGUACACAGCAGCGGCGCCACCGCUGCAUUCUUUAAGCAGCAGCGUACACCACGUGGAUCGACUACUCGUACGUACGGCGGUGGCGUGGCCCACCAGGGUGGUGCCGCCGCCGCUGGCGGCGGCGCCGGCGGUGCCGGACCUCUCCUUGCGGUGCAAGGCCGCGUGCUUUCGCAGCGGGACAUGCAGCCGUCGACGUCGCUUCCGCAUCGACAGGCGGCGGCGGCGGCGGCGGCGGUCAGCGCCGGGCACUACGGUCCCGGAGCAGGGACGUCGGCGCUGCCGACGGCGACGGCGCUGUUGCAAGCGAAUCUGAGCAAUACCUCCCAGGGAGCCGCCGCUGGCGGCGGCGGCGGAGGCGGCGGCCCUGCUGGCGGCGGCGGAGGCGGCGGAGGUGGUGGCGUUUCUGCAAGCCUGCAUGGGUUAUCGGCGGUACUGUUGGGCCGAAAGACGCGGAGUCAGUCGCAAAUGCGUACAACACGGAGCAUACCGCUGCAGGAUAACGAGAACUUGUUGGGCUACGUCUCCGAAACCAUGUCCACGAGUGUCACGGCCACGGUUAUUUCCCUCUCUCACACGCUCCUACAUGAUGCCCUGCAUUCGGGGCCUCCGCACCAGCCCCCCUCGGGUACGGCAAUCCGUAGCUGUGCUGAUGCGUUGGCACGGGAUGCCGUACCGAUUCGAGACAUAUCUCUCGCGUGUCGACUCUGCGAUUCAAGAUUUGGAGGAGGCGGAGGCGGCGAGCCUGUUUUGGCGCUGUACGUCGGGUUUCGGGAAGUACUGCAGGAUUCGGUUUUGGAGCGGGUGUUGGAAGAGAUGACGCAAGUGGCCGAGUGGGUCCAGAUGAGCAAUCGGUUGCUGCACCCGUCGGCGUUCAUCGGCGGCCAGUCCGUGCUGUCACAGGGCCCUCUCCCGCCUCCCCCGGCGCUGGCAGGGGCGCUGGGUACGGUGGAAUUGUGGCCUCCGUCCGCCUCCAACCUGUCAUUUGCUCUGGAGGAUCCCGCACCUCUCAGCCACCUCCAGGUUUUGGUCAACUCCCUUCACUCCACUCUUUCAUCUAUACAAGUGGAAAGGGCGCUGGAGGAAUGUGCGGACUCCCCCCUGCAAGCCAAUGACAUGCGGGGCCUUGAGCUGCUUCAACAAAUAGGACGAGGGGGCCAGGGUGUUGUCUACCGCGGCCGUAUGCACGGCAUCCACGUGGCCGUCAAAGUUAUUCCCACAGCGGAGGGUGAGAGAUUUGUGUGA